AUGUUGACCCUCGACAACAUCCACAAACCAUUCAGCGACGUUCCUCCUCUGGGGCAUCUGCUCCUCCCACUCGCCAUCUCUGCAGGCUCCCUCAUCGCUAUCGGCCUCGGCACUGCCACCAUCCGCUCCCUCUCCCCCUCCCCCACCUCCUCAAAACAAGAGAACGCCCUCCCAUCAUACCUCUACACAUCGAAAGUAUACCACAAGCGCAAGAUCCCUUCCCUCGCGCACCACGCAUUCACCUCCCCAGCUAUAUUCCUCUGUGCCGAUAUCGAUGCCUUGCAAGACGGUGCGUUGGAUGCGCCUCUGAGGGUGGUCAGGCAAGGCGGACAUCCGGGGACGAAAGUCGUCGGGCUGAAGAGUCAUAAGUAUCUCGGCUCUGGAGAUGCGUCUUAUCGGACCAAGCUUGAAGCGCUAUUGGAGAGGUAUGGUGUGAGAGCGGAAGAGGUGGGAAAGGUGUGGAUGACGACGAUGCCGAGCUUGCUGGGGUUUGAAGGGUUGAAUCCGUUGACGACUUGGUACGUGUAUGGCAAGGCGAAAGAUGGGCAAAGAGGAGAGUUGAAGUGGUUGGUUUUGGAAGUGCAUACCGAAUUUGGCGAGUCACAUGCGUAUGUGCUGGGGAUGGACUCGCCUUUGAGACAUGAACCUGCCAGGGGCUACGACUUUGCUUUUACCUUUCCCCGCUCGUUCCACGUCUCGCCAUUCAACGACCGCUCAGGCUUCUACCGCCUCGACAUCCUCGACCCCUUCCCCCUCGGCUCAUCCUCCCCAAGCCACAUUCCCAGAUUCAAAACUUCCAUCCAGCUCUUGACACCACACAAGGAUGUCAAGCUUGCAGCUCUGAUGGUCCCAGGGCGUCAAGGCGUCAAGCUUGGAGAAGGGUGGAGUACGGUUCGGGGUGUGUUGGGAAUUUUGACCAGAUGGCCGGGGGCGUUGUUGUUGGUUUCGGCGAGGACGAAAUGGGAAGCUUACAAGCUCCAUUACCGCCACAAACUCGCUCUAUACCCCAAGCCCGAGCCCAGAUGUCCCUUCUCUGCUGGACAUUUCAAUCCGCCUGAACCGGAGCACGGAAAGGCCGUCGGCUACGGGCUCCAAGGGCGACCUCUAUCGGAUGAAGAGAAGAAGGCGAGGCGGGUGGUGGAAGAGUGGGUGAAGAGGAGGGUGAAGGAGCUCGGAGUGAGGCUGGAGGUGGUGUUUGCGUAUGAGCGAGAGGCAUUGUCGGUGGGAGAAGGCAGAGUGUUGAGCGUCAAGACUGCAGACCCUGUCUUCUUUACCAACCUCUUGAUGGCGCCUUCGCCUCGACACUUUUUGUUCCUUGCUUUUGAGAGGUUGACUGUGGUAUCUGACGCUUCACUCUUUGUUGAGAUGUUUGAAGCGCCAGAAGGGGUUGCUGAGAGCUUGCUAUCUCGCUGGACGAGAUCAGUACACUCCAGACAUCUCGCCUACCUUACUUCCACCACGACCCUCCCCCCUCCUGCUUCUCUUCCACCCCCAGUCGCUAUACCACCCCACUUUACCGCUUCCCUAUCCACAUACUCACAACUGAGCUGCCUCCGCAUAGUAUCAAGCACGUGGGUAUCAGAAAGACUUGUCGAGUGGGUAUUCGACCUGUUAGGAGGCACAUUUCUCAAGGGGCACGAGCCGUGGGGAUGGGCGCUCUGGGACCGGGCUGCGAGGAGGGCGGCUGGGGAGCAGGGGGUCGAUGUGAUUGAAGAUGAGCGGGAGGGAUCAGUGUUGUGUGUUGAGUAG